AUGAAAUGGAUGAUUGACGCAUCAUUUGCGGUGCAUCCAGAUUUCAAGAGCCAUACUGGCGGCACUCUGUCCUUUGGAGGAGGUGCAGCUCAAGUGAUGUCAAAGAAACAAAAGCUAAACAGCAGAAGCAGUACGGAAGCAGAACUGAUUGCUGUUGACAAUGUUGUCACGAUGAUACUAUGGAUGAAGUUGUUCAUGGAGUGGCAAGGGUAUCCGAUCGAGAAGAAUAUCUUGUAUCAGGAUAAUAAAAGCGCGAUUCUACUGGAACAGAAUGGUCGCAAUAGCAUGGGCAAAAGAAGCCGAGCUAUCAAGCCUUCUUGA